CCACCGUCUUCUGCGUGCGCGGAUAUUUCCUCAGGUCUUUACAAUUGUUCCUCUCCAGCUGCUCCUUUAAGUAGCGCAUCCCGGUCGGCUUGUGGGAUGGUUCAGUUUCAAGCUGGAGGAAGGAAGUUGCGCAACCCGGAUCAGGCAUAGAGAUAAAAGCUCAGAUUGUGAUUGAGAGAGAUGGAAAAAGAGAUUUAACGACAGUAUUAACUUGGAGAGAGCGAAUGGGAGGGAGAGCAGACCAAAGGGAGAGAGAGAGGAAAACAGAGAGAGAGAGAGAGGGAGAGAGAGAGAUAGAGGGAUGGGAGGAGGGAGAGAAGAGGGGAGCGACGGGAGGAAGAAUUUCCAUGAAGCUUUUUCUAUCUGCCCUUGAGCGUGCAGGGCAAAUGCGAUCUAGUAAAGUGGGCUGACAAGUAGGAUAUGACAAGAGUCAUCGACAAAAAAGUAAACAUUUCCACUCAUGAUAAUCUUUAACAUUGGAAUUUGCUUUCAUAUGCAUCAUUCUUUUAUCUAGGACACCGUGCCGUACCUCCAUUUUCAGCGAUAAUAAAAAGUACCGAACAGAAGCGUAAAGCAAGGGGAGAAGAGCAGCCCAUGCAGAGGAGUUGAGUUGGCUUCUGUUUCGUUUAGCUGGGACGCUGAAGGGAAGGGCUGCGCAUAUGAUGGAAUACAACGCGUACCGUAUCGGCGCAAACACUCGCUUGCAAGAAAAUGACAGAAGUAAACAAAUGAAGUAAACGGACGCAACUUAUCUGUGGGUCAGCUCGAAAAUGUAACUGUCCUGCCAACUGCUACCUGAAACGUUUAUUCGCCUGGUCGGGAAGCAAACGUGAAAUAUUUACAGCUGUCGGCUUUCAGACUCCACCUAGUGCGGCAUUGACACGGUAAUGGAUUCGGUAUGUGUGUGCAGCGGAGUUCAUUUUCAGAUUGAAAUAAUUCUCCUAUCAUCUGCUGUGAUCAAAGCGCCGGAGACCUCUCUGUAACUCUUACAAAAAUUCAUGAAAAUUGUGUAUACAGUAUAAAUAUAAACAUAUGUGCAGGUUUUUUUUUUUUACAUCCAAAUUAUUUAGGCCUACUCCAAUUUCUUUGUAGUAUAAACAUCUUUUCACCCCUCCAAAAUUAUUUCCCUAUCUGAAAUAAAGCAAAUAUUUUCCUCCGGAAAUACCCGGAUUUCUCACCAUGUGUACCGGCCUGAUUUCAUGCUGAUCGACCCCCCGCCUGCAGUGGCUCAGCUCACAACUUUCUGGAUUCUCGGUGUCGGACUGUGUCGUGGCUUCAGUCACUGGCCAUGCUCCGACAGGUCGUAUUUUUCCUGCGGUUUAUUGCAUUGACUCUGGGCCAGUACGACAUAUGUAAGUCCCUGGUGAGCACGGACGACGGCCCAAUAUGGGAGUUUUACGCCUGCCAACCCAAGCCGAUGUCCAUGAGGGAAUACAUGAAAAUCAAGGUGGAACCGGCGGGCAUUACUUGCGGAAGCCCGCCUGAAAGAUUCUGCACGCUGGAGAAUCCAUACCUGUGCAGCGAUGAAUGCGACGCUUCGAACCCGGAUCUGGCACAUCCGCCGCAACUAAUGCAGGACCGCGAGCCCUUCGGCCUGAUCACCUACUGGCAGACCAUCACGUGGAGCCGGUACCCCGAACCUCUGCUGGCUAACAUCUCGCUGUCCUGGAACAAGAGCCUAGAGCUGACAGAUGACGUGCAGAUCACGUUUGAGUACGGCCGGCCCACCGUCAUGGUGCUGGAGAAGUCGAUGGACAAUGGGCGCACGUGGCACCCUUACCAGUAUUACGCCGACGACUGCCUGGACGCCUUCGGUAUGCCGCCCAAGCGGGUGCAGGACCUGUCGGCAGCCAACGUGACGCGGGUCAUCUGCACAGAGCAGUACUCACGCUGGGUGGGCUCCAAGAACGACAAGAACGUGCUGUUCGAGGUGCGAACGCGCUUCAGCAUCUUCGCUGGGCCACGUCUGCAAAACAUGGACAACCUGUACACGCGCAUGGAGAGCAUGAAAGGCCUUCGCGAUUUCUUCACCUUCACCAGCCUGCGGCUGCGCCUGCUGCGGCCCUCCCUGGGCGGCACCUACGUGCAGAGGGAGAACCUCCAUAAGUACUUCUACGCCAUCUCCAACAUCGAGGUUCCUGCCAGGUGUAAGUGCAACCUCCACGCCUCGCAGUGCGCGGUACGGGACGGCAACCUGCAGUGUGACUGCGAGCACAACACCACAGGCCAGGACUGCGGACGCUGCAAACGCGGCUUUCGGGCCAAGUCCUGGAGGGCCGGCUCUUACCUGCCAACGCCUCGAGGAUCCUCCAACAACUGUGUAGCUGCUGGUUCGACUCUUGGCAACUGCGAAUGCUACGGACACUCCAACCGCUGCAGCUACAUCGACUUUCUCAACAUCGUCACUUGCGUCAGCUGCAAGCACAACACUAGGGGGCAGAACUGCCAGCAUUGCCGCCUGGGAUACUUCCGGAACGCCUCUGCCGAGCUGGAUGACGAGAGCGUCUGCAUAGAGUGUAACUGUAACCAGAUUGGCUCCGUCCAUGACCGCUGCAAUGAGACAGGCUACUGUCAGUGCAAGGAGGGCUCCACAGGGCAGAGGUGCGAGGACUGCCUCCCAGGCCACUACUGGAAGCAAGGCUGUUUUCCAAACGUGUGUGACGACGAGCUGCUGCUCUGCCAGAACGGCGGCACCUGCCACGAAAACCAGAGGUGCAUCUGUCCCCCGGAGCUCAGGGGCGUACUGUGCGAGCAGCCGCGCUGCGACGGCGAGGACUGCGACGCCGCCUGCACCUCCUACCUCACCUCGGUCACCCUGCUUCUCUGCCUCCUGGCUACUCAGCUGCUGAAGUUAACUGCCUGCUGAGCCGCCACCGGGGGGCAGCCCCACGCCGCUCAAGGAGCGAGACUACAGACGGCAGAGGCACCGCCCAUCCAUUUCACAGUCUCGUUUAAUCCGGGGCGUCCGAGCCGCGACUCGGAGCAGGUGUCAGAGGGGCCGCGGUCGGAGGGAAUAUCGCUGACUGCAUCACUUCCCUUAAGAAAAAAAAAUGCUGAGGGAAUUUCGUACCAAAAACACUUAAAUAAGGAGAAAAAAAAUUACUUAAAAAAAAUCAAAGCCUACAGAGAGAUACACAAUGAAUAUUUAAAGACAUUCUUCUUGACGUAGUUCUAAGUUUAUCUCCCACUUUACUGCACACAUUUUGUUUUUUUUUUGAACCAAGAUGGGGUCACAGCCGCUGCUGAAUCCUGGUUAAACCUGAGGGCAGACGUGAUGUUUCUUCAUAAACUGGAGCUGUUUCGACUUUUCCUUCCUUUGCUGCAGUUUUGCCUCCUGCCAUCUAUUGUACUGACUUGAGAAGAAAAAAAAAUAUGUUAAAUCUAAUAUUAUAACAAAUAAAUAAUUAAAUGACUAGCCACUGUUCCCCCUCUAGGAAUAGGGAUGUUUCUCCACAUCUUAAGUGGUUAAAGCUUCACAUGGUAUUUAAGAAGCAAAUGCAGAGUAUAACGUAUCCAAAAGAAAACUACAAAUAAAUCUAAAGAAAAUGUUUUAUUAUAUAUUAACAUUGUUUGAAUAUUUUUUGUAGAAAUUAUUUUUCUUCCAGGUUAACAAAUUAAAAAAAAAAAUAAAAACUACUGAAGAAAAAUCUUGUAUGUAAGCAUGUCUGAAGUUGCUGGGAUACCAAAAUACACUGCACUGCCUCCAGUGAAACAUUUACAUGUAUUAUUGCAAG